AUGUCCAGAUUCUUUGCCAACUCGUACGAAUACGAUAGUGGGUCUUCUUCCUCCGAGGAAGAUCUCCUUUCAGGCUCUGAAGAGGAGCUUAUGAGCACGUCUUCUUCAGACAACGAAGGCCUACAGGAUUCGCAAGACGAAGAAUCGGAUGAUUCGUUUUUCGACGAAUCAGCACAAGAGUCAGAUGUCGAUUCUGAUGAUUCGGACGGAAGACCUUAUGGUCCUGAUUGGUUCAAGAAGCCAGAAUUUAGAAAAGGAGGUUCCACGGGUGCCAACCGUUUUCUCAAAAACGCCGACUACUCAGACUCUGAAUCAGAUGAUGAGGGCAAAAAAGUGGUCAAAUCGGCCAAGGACAAGCUGCUGGACGAAAUGCGUAGCGUUCAUGACAAAAUCGAUGUUGCUGAAAUGACACAAGAUUUCGUCACCAUUCUCAGUGAGCUCGACUCCAUGACCAGACUAGUGACCAGAGCUCAGCAACAAAACUACGGUAUUCCAAACAUCUUCAUCCAGGUGCUUGCCCAAGUAGAGGACAUUGUUGCAGCCACGUCGCAACAAGACAUAACCAACAAGGCUGUCGCGAGAGCUUACAACACCACCAAACAGCGUGUUCGUAAGAUUGCCCGUGAUUACGAGGAAAUCAUCGCCAAGUACCGUGAGUUCCCUGAAGCCUUCAGCACCGAGCCUACCGAAGAUGGUGGCGUAGCGCAAGACAACUUCGCCGUGUCCUCAUUUGCUUUGGCCGGGAAAAAAGCUGCUGAUCUAUCUUCUAUGGCUGAUGCGACUUCCGAAUCCGACUUUUUCACAGCAUUGCGCAUCGUCAUGGACUCUAGAGGUAAAAAGGGUACGGAUCACCAGGCACAAAUUAAGACUUUGGAAGAACUACUGGACAUCGCCAAAAGCCCAUAUGAAUCCAUUCUUGCAUAUUUGAAUUUGAUUUCUUUUAGAUUCGACUCUUCUGCCUCUCUCUCCUAUCAACCUAUAGACCAGUGGAAAGCAUCUCGCGGUGACAUUUCCAAGCUUUUCGAUGUCUUGGAAGACCAUAUCGAGCAAUACCACGUUUCUGAAUUUGCCGCCAGAAAUGAUUUUGUCGAGGACGAACCUCAGGCUAACGAACAAGGCAUCAAAGAGAUUCUGGGUUCCGUGUACUCUUUCGUGGAAAGACUUGAUGACGAGUUCAACAAGUCUUUGUUGAACACAGACCCUCACUCCAGCGAUUUCCUAGACCGUCUGAAAGACGAACAGAGUGUCUACAAUUUGAUUCUAAGAUCUCAAUUGUAUUUGGAGGCUACUACAACUGCUCAGUCCGACCUUCAGAAAAGGCUGGCCCGUGUUCUAACAAGAAGACUCGAUCACAUCUACUACAGAUCCAACAAAUUGGUUGCGAUCACUGAACGUAAGGCAUGGGAGAGUUUGCGUGGAGGAGCCAAAUCUCAAGUUACACCUUUUGACGGGGAAAUUAACGACGCGUACGUUUUCAAGCUAAUCGACACAUUGCACCAGAUGUUGAGCAGCCAAAAAGAAGGUUCUCAACGCAAGAGAGCUGCGUUGUAUCAGAUUUAUUUCUAUGCCUUGAACAACCAAUUCGAAAAGGCAAAGGAAAUGCUUCUUUCAUCUCAUGUUCAGUCUUCCAUCAAUUACUCCGACCCACCAUUGCAAAUUUUGUUCAACAGAGCUGUUGUUCAAUUAGGUCUUGCUGCAUUCAAACUAUGUCUGAUUGACGACUGUCACCAAAUUUUGAACGAGGUUUCCACCAGCACGCAUUUGAGAGAUAUUCUCGGCCAGCAAAGCUUACAGAGAGUUGCCAACAACAAUGCCUUCAGCAAUGGAUCCAUUCCUAGCGAACAACUAUGUUUGCCAUUCCACCAACAUAUUAACCUAGAUUUGAUCGACGUUGUUUUCAUGACAUGUUCGCUAUUGAUCGAGGUGCCUCAUAUGGCUGCUUUCUUUUCCGGAGUCAAGGUCAAGAGAAUUCCUUACUCACAAAAGUCUAUUCGUCGUGCUCUAGAGCACUACGACAAAUCUAGCUUCCAAGGUCCACCAGAGACAUUGAGAGACCGUGUCUUGUACUCGGCAAAGGCCAUGCAAAGAGGAGAUUGGGAACAAUCUGUGUCUUUCUUGAAGUCAAUCCCAACCUGGUCUACGUUGCCUAAUACUGAAGAAAUGAUUGCAAACCUAUCGCAGAGAGUACAGAUCGAAUCUCUAAGAACUUACAUUUUCACUUACAAGAGAUUUUACUCCAAACUUUCCGUGGAAAAGCUUUGCGAAAUGUUUGGUUUGGAAAAUGAGAUUGUUGUGAAGACUGUGACUGCAAUCAUCACCGAUUUUGACUUGCAUGCUACUUUGGAUGAGGAGUCCAAGUUUGUCACCUUUGAAAAGGGUUAUGAAAUUACCAAAUUGGAAGAAGUGGCCGUAAAGCUGGCCAAAGAGACCAAAUACGUGAGCGAACGUCUCAAUGAAAAGAAAUAUGUUGGAAACUCCCGCAGACAGGAGUGA